UGGUCAUUGAAGUCUGCAUUCCCCAAAGUAAUCCAAAUCUUUGUGUAGUUUGUUUUGGUUCAAUCUGAUCUGGUUUCUAUUUGCUCACCUUCUUCCCAAUUUUUGUUUUCCUUUGAUCAUCAUCUUAGACAUUUUCUUAUACCCUUUUCAGAGCUCUAUUCAAUCUUUCUGUAUCUGUUGAAAUCAUCUUGUUCUUUUAAAUCCCUUUGCGAUUGUUGAGAUGAAUCAGGUCCAUUGAAAACAUUUCCCAACAAAUACAAAAGAUGGCCUCCACACUCAUUGCUGGUAUACGUUCUGCCUUACAUCAUGUUGAUCUGCUGGUGGAGACGAAUCGCAGUAACACUGAUGAUUUCAUUGCGUUUAAGUUCUUUAGAUUUUUUCUAAGGAAUCUUAAAAUGUAUCUUCUUUCUGCUGGAAAGUUGGGCAAAGAUGCAAGUCCAGGUUCUUCCUUUGUAAAGAUUGAAGGUAUUGCUCAGAGAUUUGCAGAGUUCAUUCACAGUAUUCCUGUUGGCUUGGAUGGCCAAACUUUAUCUCAUAUUUCCACUGAAAAUCUCAAGGAAGAUCUUGAUUAUUUCUCGGGACAAGCAAAUGAAAUGUAUGUCAAUCUCAUGGAAUUGAAAACCACACAGCAAUCAAGUUCUUUCACAGUAGAUGAAGUCCUGGAGAUCAUGAGCUCCUCGGCAGAAAAUCUGGUGGAAUUUCAUACUAUGGGGAGAUCACGUAAAUCUCUAGUAGAUGCAGUGAAAGCCUUGGUAAAGCAGAUGACUUUCUUGAAAAACCUUCUACUCUUUACCACACAAAGUAAGAUUGAACCCACAGAAGGUUUGUUGGCUCAUGCUGAAGUUGUUGCUAUCAAUGCUGCAUAUCUGCUGUCAUUGACUCUCGAUGCAAAAAGGGUGAUUCAGUUUUCAACUUUGGCGGAAAAAAUCAAGCCCAUUGACCCUCAGGUUUGCAAGACUUACACUGAUGCAUUGUGUAGCUCAAAGUUGGAGAAAAUAUUACUUGCUCCCGCUGAUCAGGACGCGGAUGUUGAAAGUUGUCUUCUAGCAGCAAACAAUCUCCUUUCUUCUCUUGUAUCUGUUGUUUGGGAGGCGCCAUCAUCGAGUACUCGUGUGGUGGUUCCUAUGAAGGAUCAACUGCAGGAGCUAUAUGAAGGACUCGGAUUCUUGAGCAAAGCAAUUCUCAAGCAGCUGCAGCAGCCUAACAAAUUUGAUCCAAAAAUUAAGGAACAGAUUGGAGCUGUGGUAUGUGGUGCCGGAAUCUUGAUUUUCUCAUUCCACCAAACAAAUGUUCAGUUAGACCUUGGGUUACUCCAUGAUUUGUUGGAGGCAAUCAAGAUUCUUCUAGCAGAACUUGGGAGAAAUGAUCCACAGGUAUCAAAGUUCACCUUCCACAGCACAACUCAGCUGACCUUUGUUGACUUUGUAUUAGAAAGAUUAAUGGAGUUGACAAGUAGGGAUGGUAAACAAACUGCUAAUAGUUGGGUUCAAACAAUCCAAGAAGAACUUGUCUCCUUAAGAUCUUUCUUGGGGGACACUGUCGAGUUGCGCCAUCAGCAAAAAGAACUCCAAGCUAUCUGGGAUCGCAUUUUGGAGGUGACAUACAAACUGGAAGACGUCGUUGACAAUCUAAUGGUUGGUGAUCUUCAAGACGUUCUUUCAGCUUCAUUUGAAUCGAUCAAGAAAGACAUCAGUGAUAUUAAGUUGGAAAUUGAAGUUGAGAGACCAAAAAUUGAAUUCAAGAGACAAGAAAAUGAAGUGAAGGAAGUACCCAUGACUCGCAAUCAGGUGGAAUCAAUAACUCUCUCAAUGACAAAGGAAGUUGUAGGCUUCCAUGAUGAGGCUAACUCGAUUAUCAAUCGACUCAAGAGGGGAUCAAAGAAGUUACGAAUUGUGCCUAUUGUGGGAAUGCCCGGACUUGGCAAGACCACUUUGGCUGAAAAAGUUUACAAUGAUCCUUCAGUCUUGUGCCACUUCUCUGUUCGUGCUUUCACAACUGUUUCACAAACAGUUGACAAAAAAAGAGUGCUUCUUGACCUCCUAAGACAAGUUGCUCCUGACAAAUAUUCUAAGAUUACAUCUGAGGCAAAUGCUGAUGAUGUAGCAGAACAGCUAAGGCGCAGUUUAAAAGGGCGUCCGUAUCUCAUUGUUUUGGAUGAUGUAUGGGAAGGUAAGGCAUGGGAGAGUUUGCAGCAAUCAUUCCCUGAUGAUUCUGUGGGGAGUAGAAUUAUUUUGACUAGUCGUCGUCAUGAUGUUGCUGAUGCGCCUCAUGAACUUAGACAGCUCAACAAGGAAGAAAGCAUGGAUUUAUUGAAAAGGCACUUAUUCAGCGGAAAUGGUUGGCCCAUUGAAUUACAUGAUCUCGGAAUGAAAAUUGCCGAAAUCUGCAACGGAUUACCUCUCACAGUUAUCAUUGUAGCUGGAGUUCUAAAAUCCAAACAGCCGCAGGAGUGGAAGAAAAUUCUAGACAAAUUAAGCUUAGGAGAUUUAUCAGAACGCUGCAGGGACACACUAGAGCUGAGUUACACAAAUCUUCCAGAGCAUUUAAAGCCGUGCCUUCUCUAUCUUGCAUCAUUUCAAGAAGAUCAGCAGAUAUCAGUCAGGAGAUUGCUUCAGUUGUGGAUGGCAGAAGGAUUUGUUCGGAAAUCUGGGAUGAAACGCCUAUCAGAUGUUGCCGAAGAGUACCUUAAAGACCUAAUCGGUAGAAGUUUGCUUAUUGUUGAGAAACAAAAAUCGAAUGGUGGAGUGAGAGCAUGCCGUAUUCAUGAUUUGCUCCAUGAGUUCUGCUUGCAGAAAGCCAAAGAUGAACAAUUUUUCCAUUUCCUAGAAGGACGGCAUGAGGAGCUUUCCACAUUUAGUGUGCCACGCUACCGACGUAAAUUGUGUAUUGACUCUAGCACAGAGCAUUUCAUAGAAUGGAAGGUAUAUUGUUCUCAUAUUCGUUCUCUGCGUUUCAAGAAGUUUGAAUCUGAAGAAACAGUAAUGCGAAAUCUCUUGUUCUUGAUGCAUAUCAGCAAACUUCUAAGAGUGUUGGAUUUGGAGCAAAUUUGUUUAGAUAAUAUGAUUCCAGAUGAAAUAGGACUGCUUGUACACUUGGCUUACCUUGGGAUCAGAGGUAAUAUUUCGGACAUCCCACCAUCGAUUGGUAGCCUCUCAAACUUGGAAACUUUUAUUUUGAAUACUGAUCAGCAAAGGGAAGUUUCAUUACCAGACACUUUCUGGAAUCUACAGAAGUUACAGCAUUUUUACAUGACAAGCAAACGUCAGUCUUGGGCUAUCUUGCCCAUGAAAAAUCUUGACAGCUCACCUGAUUUAUAUGAGUUGGAUAGGAUGUCUGGUGUUAUUAUUCCCUGUGAUGGUAGCAUCAAAGGGAUAAUGAGAAAGUUUCCAAACAUUCGUAAGUUGUCAUGCAGACUUCGUAAAUUUGAUAUCCAAGGUAGAAAUCUGGUCGAGACUGUAGUUCUUGACUUUCUGCAUAAACUUGAAUCACUUCAUAUCAUAGUAUUUAACUAUGAUCUGCCUAGAGGCGUUAAGUUUGAGUUUUGUUUGCCAGAAAAUCUUAAGAAACUGACACUGUCACACUUUCGCUUGGACGGGAGGAGUCUUUCAAGCAUUGGCAAACUCAAAAACCUUGAAGUCCUCAAGUUAGACUUUGUAACGUUUGAAGGAAAUACAUGGACCUUGGAAGAAGAGGAAGAAUUCUCUAGACUUAGAAUCCUGAAAUUGUAUUUCCUUAACCUUCGGUCGUGGAGUGCAUCUGGUGAUCUAUUUGGGUGUCUUGAGAAAUUAGAAUUGUAUCAUUGCUCAGAACUGGAGGAGGUGCCUUCUUGUCUAGAAAACAUUUUGACUCUUAAAAUGAUUGAGGUCAAUGCUUGUCGUAAAACUGUAGUUGAGUUGGUGAAGAAUAUUGCUGCAGUACAAGUAGAAUUGGGAAAUACUGAGAUGAAGAUCAUUAUCCGAGAACCACGUAAUUGAUUUUUCUGCACCACACCUUCUGCUGGAAUAGGAAGAAGUCACAAUGGUGAUUCCAUUUCACUACUGCAAUUCUUUCUGCGAGCCAAACAUAGAGUAACUUUUUCCCCCAUUGUUUGGAGCCAUUAAAUGAAUAUGACUUGUUAUGUAUGGUUGCCAUUGACCUGAUGUUGUUACUGUUUUCAACUUUGAAAGCUUUUUGUAGUACUUGAAUCUAUUUCAUGGUUGAUAUUUCAUUGAUGUUCUUUUUCUUGAAGUUCUUUUCCUUGAUGUUGGUAUUAGAAUUUGUAUAUGAGA